AUGACUGAUAAGCAAGCUCAAUACGAAGCUGAAAGCCUUAAACGGUACGCUUUCGCUGGUGUUGUACUAUCAACCGCCGCUACCAUCUUGGCCAUGUUGAUGGUACCAAUGUUCUACAACCACGUCCAAUUCAUGCAAACUAACAUGCAGAACGAGCUUGACUUUUGCAAAUCCCGCAGUGGCAACAUGUGGAAGGAAGUCACUAGAACUCAGGUAUUUUUUGCAAACUAGUAAUAUUGAUAUUAUUAAAUUAUUAUUGCAGUUAAUUUUACUUGUUUUGAACAUAUACCAAUUUAAUUUACCACAUAUUUUUAGGUCCUAUCCGAUGUACAUCCUCGUGAAGCUCGUGGAAUCCGCCAUCGUCAAGGAAGAUCUCACCAUCUAGGUGGCGGCAUUCACCACGCUCCUCGUUUCGAACGUCAAGCCGGAGGUGGCUGUUGCGGUUGUGGUGUAUCACCAGCAGGACCACCAGGCCCACCAGGACCAGACGGACAGCCAGGAAACGACGGACAACCAGGAGGCCCAGGAAAUGACGGUCCACCAGGCCCAGCUCCAUCUCGCCCACAACAACACGCUGAGCCAUGCCAGACCUGCGAACAAGCCCAAGCUGGUGCCCCAGGACAGCCAGGACCAAAAGGACCACCAGGACAAGCCGGAGCUCCAGGACAAUCUGUUCAAGGAGGCGGACAAGGACCACCAGGCCCAGCCGGACAACCAGGUCCAGCCGGUCAACCAGGAGGACCAGGAAAUGACGGACAACCAGGAGCUCCAGGACAAGUUAAAGAAGGCCCACCAUCAGUUGGACCACCAGGCCCACCAGGACCCGCUGGACCACCCGGAGGACCAGGAAACGCUGGAGGCCCAGGAAACGCCGGACAACCAGGAAGUCAAGGACCACCAGGAGACGGAGGAGCUCCAGGUGCUCCAGGAGUUCCAGGAGGAGAAGGACAACCAGGCCAACCCGGAGAAGAUGGCGGUAAGGGAUCGUGUGACCACUGUCCACCUCCACGUACCGCCCCCGGAUAUUAA